UUUCAUCAAUCCAUUCCACCUAACUUGACUUAACACUCUUUUAUUAUCUUUCUCUAUUGCUUGCACUCUUUAAUGAUUGAAUCAAUCACUACGUUUUAAUAUUCUUUUCACCUUUCUUGCAUUAGUGAACUUCCCUCCCAAUUUCACUAUAAAGGCGGAAACCAACUAAGGCGACCGUCAAGCUAGUCUCAUCUCCUUGUCAUUUUUCACCAUGAAUUCUCAGGGUGUAGCAGUUCUAAUCAUGUCUGCUCUUGUACUUCCUCUUUUACUUGCACCAGCUUCGGAGGCUGCUGUUUCAUGCAGUGAUGUGCUCAAGGACCUGAGACCUUGUGUGAAAUACCUAACGAACGGAAGUGGGGCACCACCUGCAGCUUGCUGUACAGGAGCCUCAGCUCUUGCAUCUGCUGCAACAAACACUGCUGAUAAGAGGGCUGCUUGUGCCUGCAUCAAGACAGCUGCCCAGAAAAUAAAUCCAAAUGCUCAAUUAGCCCAAGCUCUUCCAGCCAACUGUGGGAUCAGCUUUCCUUACACUGUCUCACCCAACGUGGAUUGCUCCAAGAUUACUUAAAAUUGAAGUGGUCUGCCCGAUGCCUCGUCCGUAUUGCUUGUUAAGUUUCAGGGAACGCUAAGAGAGAACAAUACUACUAGACUAUAUAUCUUUGUACGGGAAAGCUUAUCUUAUCCUAAUAAGCUGGAAUGUCUACUAGCUAGGACAUCUCCAGUAAAUAAAGCUUAAUAAAGUGUGCUUGGUUUA